GCACAGUCUGUGUGUGGUACAGCGCGCGGCGGAGGAGCUGGGUACCAACGGCAAGCUGGCGGUGAAUUUCACAACGCUCGAUAUUUUAACAAAAAUAACUGGUUCAGUCGACAGUUCAUACUAUCAGGAGGUACUGGAGAAUUUGCGUACGGCUGCAGGAUCUAACUAAGCCGGCUUUAAAAGUUGUCUGGGGUCGUUGAGACGGACUAGUCGAGGGGUUUCCAGCGUCUGAUCGGUUGGACGGAAUCACCGGGCUUUAAAGGAUUCUCGAGGGGCCGAAGAAGACGACGCGCACAAAAAACGGGAACGACGAGAGACGUUUUUUUGCUCUUUAUAUCUGCGGUGACAGUGGAAAGUCGAUCAUAUUCGGCAGUGUGGAUACUAUUUCUUACCUGUACCGAGGAGGGAGGAAUCAGUCGAGACAAAGGUACAAAACAAGGCUGGGGAGGUGACACAUCCACUGGUCGGGGUCUGAAAGUGCGUCUCGCAGACCAGAAAAGGCUUUGUCCGCCGCCAUCCUGCAUAUACAGGGGAGGGGGUGGCGGUGAUUUACCGCAGCUUCUCUGGGAUUUACAGGAGAAAAAAAAAAAAGGAGAAAAAUACAUCGAUUCCCUUGUGUAAAAGACUCGACAUGUAUCCACAAGGCCGGCAUCCGGCACCUCACCAACCAGGCCAGCCUGGCUUCAAGUUCACAGUAGCGGAGUCCUGCGAUAGGAUCAAAGACGAAUUUCAGUUCCUGCAGGCCCAGUACCACAGUCUAAAAGUUGAGUAUGAUAAACUGGCCAAUGAAAAGACUGAAAUGCAGCGCCACUAUGUCAUGUACUAUGAGAUGUCCUAUGGACUCAACAUUGAAAUGCACAAACAGACUGAAAUUGCCAAACGCCUAAAUGCAAUUCUGGCUCAGAUCAUGCCAUUCUUGUCACAAGAGCAUCAACAGCAGGUGGCUCAAGCUGUUGAGAGGGCUAAACAGGUGACAAUGACUGAGCUGAAUGCUAUCAUCGGGCAGCAGCAGCUUCAGGCUCAGCACCUCUCUCACGCUGCCCACGGCCCCCCAGUCCAGCUGCCCCCCCACCCUUCGGGCCUCCAGCCGCCCGGCCUCCCCCCGGUGACGGGAGCCGGCUCCGGCUUGCUGGCUCUGGGCGCUCUUGGCAGUCAGGCCCACUUGCCUGUGAAGGAUGAGAAAAACCACCACGACCUAGAGCACCGAGAGCGUGAGUCCAGCACGAAUAACUCGGUGUCGCCUUCAGACAGCCUGCGGGUAGCGAGUGAGAAGCACCGCAGCUCUUCAGACUACAGCCUGGACUCAAAGAAACGAAAAGUGGAUGACAAAGACAGCAACAGAGGAUAUGACAGUGACGGGGAGAAAAGUGACGACUUGGUGGUGGACGUGUCCAACGAGGAUCCAGCCACCCCUCGAGUCAGCCCGGCUCACUCUCCUCCUGAAAACGGUCUGGACAAGUCCCGAGUGCUGAAGAAGGACGCGGCCCCCAACAGCCCUGCCUCGGUUGCCUCUUCUGGCAGCACACCGUCAUCUAAGGCGAAGGACCACGCCCAUAACGACAAGUCGUCAACACCCAGCCUGAAGUCCAACACCCCGACACCCAGGAACGAGGCCCCGACACCAGGAACCAGCACCACACCAGGACUGCGGCCUUUGUCCAUGGGAAAACCACCCGGCAUGGAAGCAUUAGCUGCCCCGGCCCUCCGUACUCCUCUGUCUAUUGCUGGUUCUUAUGCCUCUCCAUUUGCCAUGAUGGGUCAUCAUGAAAUGAACGGGUCCCUCACCAGCCCAGGCGUGUAUCCGGGUCUUAUCUCACCACAGAUGAGCGCUGCAGCUGCUGCCGCCUAUGGACGCUCACCAAUUGCAGGGUUUGACCCCCAUCCUCACAUGCGAGCUCCAGGCCUGCCAACAAGUCUCACUUCCAUUUCAGGAGGAAAACCAGCUUACUCUUUUCAUGUAAGUGCAGACGGUCAGAUGCAGCCCGUGCCCUUCCCUCCAGAUGCACUGAUGGGCCCCGGCAUCCCGCGCCAUGCUCGUCAGAUCAAUACGCUGAGUCACGGGGAAGUGGUGUGCGCCGUCACUAUCAGCAACCCCACUCGUCACGUCUACACUGGUGGAAAGGGUUGUGUCAAGAUCUGGGACAUCAGUCAACCAGGCAGCAAGAGCCCUGUGUCCCAACUUGACUGCCUGAACAGAGACAAUUACAUCCGCUCGUGCAAGCUGCUGCCCGACGGCCGCACCCUGAUCGUGGGCGGCGAGGCCAGCACGCUGACCAUCUGGGACCUGGCCUCGCAGACGCCUCGCAUAAAGGCCGAGCUCACGUCCUCCGCUCCAGCCUGUUAUGCUCUGGCCAUCAGUCCCGACGCCAAGGUCUGCUUCUCCUGCUGCUCCGAUGGAAACAUUGCCGUGUGGGACCUCCAUAACCAGACUCUUGUCAGACAGUUCCAGGGCCACACAGAUGGAGCCAGCUGUAUUGAUAUUUCCCAUGACGGGACCAAACUGUGGACCGGAGGGCUCGACAACACAGUCCGCUCUUGGGACUUGAGGGAGGGCCGGCAGCUUCAACAACAUGACUUCACCUCACAGAUCUUCUCACUGGGCUACUGUCCCACUGGAGAAUGGCUGGCUGUGGGAAUGGAGAGCAGCAAUGUUGAAGUACUUCACCACACCAAGCCAGACAAGUACCAGCUGCAUCUACACGAAAGCUGUGUCCUCUCACUCAAGUUUGCCUACUGUGGUAAAUGGUUUGUGAGCACGGGGAAGGACAACCUGCUGAAUGCAUGGCGGACUCCUUAUGGUGCCAGCAUAUUCCAGUCAAAGGAGUCAUCGUCUGUCCUGAGCUGUGACAUUUCUGCAGAUGACAAAUAUAUUGUGACAGGAUCUGGUGACAAGAAGGCCACGGUCUAUGAGGUGAUCUACUGAAGAUAUGAAGCUCCCACUCUGCUUCAGCACUUCUACUGAGAUUAUUUGCCAGAUCUAAUGUGGACUACAACAGAUUGAGGCAAACUACAUUUUUCUCAAACUGUUUUUGGAUAUCAGCUGCACUGUUGGCCUGUGGAAACUUAUCCUGGAAGGAUUUUUUUGUCCCUUGUUUUAGGGUUGUACAUUUUUUGGAUCCGAUCAGUCGGAGCAGAACUUCUUUUCUGAGAAACUAGUUCCUCAAACAUGUACAUUGUGUACAUACUGGAUUAAAUAAGACAUUUUAUAUAUUAUAAAAGUAAAUAUAUAUUUUCAUGUCCUGGGUGUACUUGUGAUUAUCGUUUUGGUUGCUCUCAUCUGAGUGAGAAACCAAAACACGGACCAUAACUUUUUAACUAUUGCACCCUGACUGUUUUCUAUAGAACAUUUUGCAGGCUGAUCUUUCCAGGAAUCGACCAGAAGCGCUUGAAACUUGCAAUGUUGAACAUUUCAUAAAGACUUUUAAAAAAAAUGGCCUUACGUCACAUUGCUCUUAAUGGACAGACUGUGGUCGGAUAUCUGACUCAGGUGGAACCUCUACAAGAUCAAGUGGGACAUUGCUUCAGGAAAAGAGACGGAUGUAAAUUUACUUUCUGUAUAAAAACUGUACACGUGUCCUAAUGUUCUGGUCUGUGGGGGCUUUCCCUGUCUGUAUUGAUCGCCUGUGGCAGAUGAGACGUUAAAGCUCAGUCUGACCCUUGGACCUCAGUUGGCAGCAGAAACAUUGCAACAGGCGCAAACUGAAUGACUGUGUGCUUUUUCUAACUUGAUGUUAUACUGAUUCUUUAGCUGCUCCCCUGAUUUCUAUUGAAACUAAAUUUCAGCAGUCCGGUGCUGCUGGAAUUCCCGUGCCCUUUGUAUCCUACCAAUAUCCUUGGACUAUGUUUAUUUGGCUGUGAUGGAGAGGAAGACACAUUGUACAUGUCAGUCUGUCUUCACAGAAAUGUUCAGUGCCUGUAAAUGCUUUCGAGGACAGAGAGAAGCACACUUACAUGUAAACACAUACUGUAGUUAGCAAAUGAAGCUGACGGUAAAUACUUCUGGUUUUUGUUACUGUGCUUCUCAUCCUGCCGGCAUGUACAACAAAAGGGGCGAACUGCACCUCUGAUUCACACCAAAGUAUGUAGCAAUUACUGUCAGCACUGAAAACAAAUGUACAGGUAAUAAAUCAAUAAAACAGUU